AUGAGGCUCGCACACAUCCCCGCUGGCCCCGAGGCCAUCCCCGCACUCAAGAAGGACCAUAUUCAUAUGUCGCUCCUGAAUCCCCGGCACGACCAGCUCGUACACCAACAUCUCGACCAGAUACAUGCCUCCGGCCGCCGCUCCAAGAUCCUCGACGUCGGCACCGGCACUGGCUCUUGGGCCAUCUCACUCGCUCGCCGCCAGCCGUACUCGGAUGUUAUUGGCAUCGACAUCGCCUGGGACCAGUUCGAGGGUACGAGGCUACCGCACGGCAACGCGGACUUCCACACUGUCGACGUGACGCUUCCCCUCCCAUGGGGCGACGAGACUUUCGAGCAUGCUGAUGGAGGUGCCGAGCUACGCGGACAUGGUGCGCAACCUGACGCGUCUGCUCAAGCCACGAGGGCUGCUUGUCCUCGUCGAGGCCGAGCUUAG